AAAUGAGGCAGCUGGAAAGGCUGCACUAAGUGCAAAGAAAAGCAGGCUGGUAAACUUCAGACCAGGAGACCAGAUACUUGCCUUUGAAUGCUCUGCUCAGUAUCUGAAGAAGAAAGUGUGGCACGCUGAAGAGAAAUUCAGCACCAAGGAGAGCUCCAAGUCUUACUUGUGCAAAAAUCACCAUUACGGUGAUUUUUUGAAGAAUCCAAAAGUCCAUCUUCUGGCUUUGUCAAAAGAGAUGGAACACAGAAGUAGCACCCAUCUUCUCCUCUUUUUUACAUUCCUCUAUGUUUUCUGGUCUCAAGCCAUUGCCUUGCCUCCUUUAGGAUCAUACUCAACUAUAAGACUAGGAAACAGAAUACCAUUUGAUGGACAAAGUGAAUCUGAUCACACCCAAAGUUCAUUAAAACCCGAGGCUGACGGGGUUCUUCAGACUGCUCUACCUGAAAAUGAGAAAUUCUAUUUUGAUAUGUCCAGAGCUAUUGACAGAAAUACAAGACAUGCUGAUGGGCUCUUUACAAGUGGCUACAGCAAACUUUUGGGUCAACUUUCCGCAAGGAAGUAUUUGGAAUCCCUAAUUGGAAAAAGGAUUGGAAACAACAACCCCCUUGAUGAGCAGGUGCCAGUCAAACGUCACUCGGAUGCUGUCUUCACUGACAACUACAGCCGUUUACGACAACAGAUGGCGGUGAAGAAGUACCUGGACUCUGUUUUAACUGGGAAAAGAAGUCAAGAAGAUCUCAACCAACCCAACCUUCGGGACGAAGUAGAAUUGCUUGAACCAGCCUUCUCAGAAAAUUAUGAUGAUGUCACUGUAGAUGAUCUGAGUUUUCUGAAUCGCCUCCCACUGAACCUCUGAAGACGACUCAGUAA